CUUUCACAUCCCUCCCUCUAUAUAUACUUCUUUCUCUCAAACUCUUUUCUCUCUCUAGAACUUCUAUUUCGUCCUCCUCUCUCUUAGGGUUUGGUCCGUACACUCGCUAGGGUUUAGUAUCGGAAGAGUGUCCUUGUGGUGUGGUGUGUUUUUCUUCGGCUAUGGCGGCUGAGAAACUCAGGGAUUUGAGCCAGCCGAUUGACGUCGGCUUGCUCGACGCCACCGUUGCAGCCUUCUAUGGCACUGGAUCUAAAGAAGAGAGAACAGCUGCAGACCAAAUUUUGCGAGAUUUACAGAACAAUCCAGAUAUGUGGCUCCAAGUUGUGCACAUUCUACAAAAUACAAAGAAUCUGAAUACCAAGUUCUUUGCCUUGCAGGUUUUGGAAGGUGUUAUCAAGUAUAGAUGGAAUGCUUUGCCUGUUGAGCAGCGAGAUGGAAUGAAAAAUUACAUUUCUGAAGUCAUUGUACAGCUAUCGAGUAAUGAGGCAUCUUUUCGAUUGGAAAGGCUUUAUGUCAACAAACUUAAUAUCAUAUUGGUUCAGAUUGUAAAGCAUGAGUGGCCAGCUAGAUGGCGAAGCUUUAUUCCGGAUCUUGUUGCAGCAGCCAAAACUAGUGAAACGAUCUGUGAAAAUUGCAUGGCUAUUUUAAAACUUCUCAGUGAAGAGGUUUUUGAUUUUUCGAGAGGUGAAAUGACUCAACUAAAGAUCAAAGAGCUAAAACAAUCUCUAAACAGUGAGUUUCAACUCAUUCAUGAGUUGUGCUUAUAUGUACUAUCAGCAUCCCAAAGAACUGAGCUUAUUAGGGCAACUCUUUCUACAUUGCAUGCAUUCCUCUCUUGGAUUCCUUUGGGCUACAUUUUUGAAUCACCACUGCUAGAGACACUUCUAAAAUUUUUCCCUUUGCCAGCAUAUCGCAAUCUUACUCUCCAAUGUUUGACAGAGGUUGCAGCUCUUAAUUUCGGGGAUUUCUAUGAUGUUCAGUAUGUCAAAAUGUAUAGCAUAUUCAUGGUGCAAUUGCAGGCCAUUCUCCCAUCAACAACAAACAUUCCAGAGGCUUAUGCACAUGGAUCUAGUGAUGAACAAGCAUUUAUUCAGAACCUGGCACUGUUUUUCACUUCAUUUUAUAAGUUCCAUAUUCGUGUUUUAGAACUCACACAGGAGAAUAUUGCGGCACUGCUCACAGGACUCGAAUAUCUUAUAAAUAUCUCAUAUGUUGAUGACACGGAGGUCUUCAAGGUUUGCUUAGAUUAUUGGAACUCCUUUGUUCUGGAACUCUUCGAUGCCCAUCAUAAUUCUGAUAAUCCUGCAGUGACUGCAAACAUGAUGGGUCUGCAGAUGCCUUUUCUUCCCGGCAUGGUUGAUGGCCUUGGAUCACAACUACUGCAGCGACGGCAGCUUUAUGUGGGUCCAAUGUCAAAGUUGAGAAUUCUCAUGAUCAGUCGUAUGGCAAAGCCUGAGGAAGUUCUCAUAGUUGAAGAUGAAAAUGGCAACAUUGUUCGUGAAACUAUGAAGGACAACGAUGUCCUUGUUCAGUAUAAGAUAAUGAGGGAGACACUUAUCUACCUGUCACACCUUGACCAUGAGGAUACCGAAAAACAGAUGCUUAAGAAAUUAAGUAAACAACUGAGUGGUGAGGACUGGACGUGGAACAACCUGAAUACAUUGUGCUGGGCGAUAGGAUCUAUAUCUGGUUCAAUGGCUGAAGAACAGGAAAACAGAUUUCUGGUGAUGGUCAUUCGUGAUUUACUCAAUUUAUGUGAAAUUACUAAAGGAAAAGAUAACAAAGCUGUUAUUGCAAGUAAUAUCAUGUAUGUUGUUGGACAGUAUCCUAGGUUUUUAAAAGCUCACUGGAAGUUCUUGAAAACUGUUGUGAAUAAGUUGUUUGAGUUUAUGCACGAAACUCAUCCUGGAGUUCAGGAUAUGGCCUGUGAUACGUUCUUGAAAAUUGUUCAAAAGUGCAAGCGCAAGUUUGUUAUCGUACAGGUUGGGGAAAGUGAACCAUUUGUAUCCGAACUUUUAUCAGGACUUGCAACUACUGUGGCAGACCUUGAACCUCACCAGAUUCACACAUUCUAUGAAUCUGUUGGUCAUAUGAUUCAAGCAGAAUCUGAUCCUCAGAAGAGGGAUGAGUACCUGCAGAGAUUAAUGGAUCUGCCUAACCAGAAAUGGGCUGAAAUAAUCGGGCAGGCAAGGCAAAGUGUUGAUUUUCUCAAAGAUCAGGAUGUAAUCCGGACUGUACUCAAUAUAUUGCAGACAAAUACUAGUGUUGCUAGUUCUCUUGGGACGUACUUCUUAUCCCAAAUAUCUUUGAUUUUUCUCGACAUGUUAAAUGUGUACAGAAUGUAUAGUGAGCUUGUAUCAAAUAGCAUAGCCGAAGGAGGGCCCUAUGCUUCAAGGACUUCGUAUGUCAAGCUACUGCGAUCUGUUAAAAGGGAGACUCUUAAGCUCAUCGAGACAUUUCUAGACAAAGCUGAAGAUCAGUCACAUAUAGGAAAACAGUUUGUGCCCCCAAUGAUGGAUCCCGUGCUUGGUGACUAUGCGAGGAAUGUUCCUGAUGCUAGAGAAUCAGAAGUCUUAUCACUUUUUUCUACAAUAAUAAACAAGUACAAAGCUGCAAUGAUAGAUGAUGUGCCUCGCAUAUUUGAGGCCAUUUUCCAGUGCACAUUGGAGAUGAUAACCAAAAAUUUUGAAGAUUACCCAGAACAUCGCCUCAAGUUCUUUUCAUUACUUCGGGCCAUUGCCACUCAUUGUUUCCCUUCAUUGAUUCAGUUGUCAAGUCAGCAAUUGAAACUCGUUAUGGAUUCAAUCAUCUGGGCAUUUCGGCAUACAGAGAGAAAUAUUGCUGAAACUGGGUUAAAUCUUUUACUAGAAAUGCUGAAGAAUUUUCAGGCUUCUGAGUUUUGUAACCAAUUCUACCGAACUUACUUUCUGUCAAUUGAGCAAGAAAUAUUUGCUGUCUUGACGGACACAUUCCAUAAACCUGGGUUCAAGCUACAUGUUUUGGUGCUACAGCAUUUAUUUUGCCUGGUUGAGAGUGGUGCGCUAACAGAACCUUUAUGGGAUGUUGCGGCUGUUCCUUAUCCAUAUCCAAAUAAUGCCAUGUUUGUUCGUGAAUACACUAUAAAACUUUUGGGUUCAUCAUUCCCCAAUAUGACUGCAGCAGAGAUCACUCAAUUUGUGAAUGGAUUACUCGAGUCAAGAGCUGACCUCUCCACAUUUAAAAAUCACAUACGAGAUUUUCUUGUGCAGUCAAAAGAAUUUUCAGCGCAGGACAACAAAGACCUUUAUGCAGAAGAAGCAGCUGCUCAGAGAGAAAGAGAGCGGCAACGGAUGCUUUCUAUUCCAGGGCUCAUUGCCCCCAACGAGAUACAAGAUGAGAUGUUGGACUCAUAAGUGGUUAAGUUUUGCCAGAGCGCUAAUUUGAGGGUUUCUUUUUUCUUUUAGCCUGUGAGUUGCUGUAGGUGCCUUCUGGCGAAAUGGAUGAAGUGUAUUAUCCCCUUCGUUUCUGGUAUAACCCUUACCUAAAAUUCUGUGGCUGAUGAUGGGAAAGGAUGAGGGGGCGGGGUGGCCAGAGACUGGUGGCGGCGGCUGGCGAUACUUGUGAAUUCGUCUAUUGGCUGGUUGUAGAGUAUUUAGGUGCUAAUGUAGGAAUAUAUAGUGUCACCUUACAGGUUUGGUGGAUCCGGCUUGAUAUUUGUAUUCAUCAUGAUGGUUUGGAUACCCUGCUUAAACGACUUUUGAAGUAUCUGUUGAUUCAUGUAGGUGGGACACUAAUCUUGGCGGGUGUGCAGAAUUCCAUUUUUGUUACCUUAGUUAAUGGGAAUUAAGUCUUCUCAUAUUACUUUCAUGUUUGUCAUCCCAUGAAGCCAUUAUUAUUUACUGUA